UUUAUCGAUAUUAGCAUUGUUCAAUCCUCGCCCUUUUAUACAAUUAAUAAUUAAAAGGAGUACAUAUAUAGGACUCCCCUGCGUAUUUAUAUUCAAAACUUACAGCUGAAUUCAUGUGAGAGAAAUAGUGUGCCAUAAAUCUGUUUCUUCUUCUCUUUGUUCUUUCCCUGUCUAUCGUGCCAUCUUUUAUCUUUGAUGAAAUUCCUGAAAGAAUGAUUUUUAUAGCGUUUUAGAUGUUGGAGGAGAAUAUUGAGCACAAGUGCCUAGUACUACUGGCUGUUCUUGUUGGGGUUUGUUGUGUUGUGAUUUCAGUUCCUGUUCCUUGUAAAUGAACGAGCAAAAGAUAGAUUGUAUUCGUUCCUUGCAUCAACCCAGCCAUGGACUAAUUAGUGAUCCUAACUUUGAACUUGGUAGUCAUUCUUCUCACCAGCUCUUGGGUCUGCAACAACAGCCUUGGAACGUGGAAGUUUGGCUUCAGCAACCCACCAUGGAUCAGGGAGUGUCACAGCUUCAAAAUAUUGGGCCUGCAAAAUCACCAAGCAGCAUUAUGAGCCGAUUUGAAUCACCGGCUUCGGCUUUCUAUGCAACCGAAAGAUGCAUGGGAUUUCCUUCGCACUAUGAGUCUCAAGUUGUUGGUAAUCCUAAUCCUCCACAGUUCCCUUCAGGCCAAUCAUAUGAGGAAAGCUACUCAAUGGAAUCAUCAGAGGACAUCAGAAAUACCUUGCAAUCAAUUGUGAAAUCCCAAACCAACAGCUCUCAAUCUUAUAAAUCCUCUGAGAAGUCUGAUCAAAUCCCAAGCAACCAUUUGCCAGGCAGUAAGCUCUUUCUGCAUCAACAAAUGCAUCAAGAUAGUACUAGUGGCUCAGUUAGGAGACCCUUUUCACUAGCUUUCAAAGAAAAUCAGGAACAAGUGAGCUUCUUUUCUCAGCAAGCAAAGCAGUCUCCAAGAACUUCCUCAGGAACGGUUUCUGCAACCUCUGGUGAUUCUUCUUCAACCAGCCCAUCACUCUCGAGUAAAACACGAAUACGAUGGAAUCAAGAUCUUCACGAGAAGUUUGUUGAGUGUGUCAAUCGUCUUGGGGGUGCUGACAAAGCAACACCUAAGGCGAUACUGAAGAAGAUGGGAUUGGAGGGACUAACCAUCUUUCAUGUCAAAAGUCAUUUGCAGAAAUAUCGAAUCGCAAAAUAUUUGCCAGACUCUGCAGAAGGAAAAUCUGAGAAAAGAGCUAAUGUGAAUGUCGAACCUCAGCUUGAUGUGAAAACUGGCUUGCAAAUCAAAGAGGCACUGCAACUACAACUAGAUGUCCAGAGGCAACUUCACGAACAACUAGAGAUUCAGCGAAAUUUACAGUUGCGCAUUGAAGAACAAGGGGAGCGGCUCAAGAAAAUGUUUGACCUGCAGCAAAAAACAAGUGAUAGCACGUUAAAGACUCCAAACGUGGAUUUUACAUGCCAUGAAAAUGGUCCAUCAGAUAAUGAAAUUCAAGUUUCAAGUCCUGAAGGUUCUGGGAAUUCCCACUUCCCAUCCAAGAUAAGUUAGCCUGAAAAGCACAUCGUUAGGUCAUUCUCAAGGUUAAGUGCUCAUGUGGUUGCAACAAAGCUUGACAGAAUCAAGAACCCUUUAGAUGCUUCUACAAGGUGAAGAAAGAAAAGAAGAAACCAGAAGAUGAUACUAUAAUCCCAUUUGUGUGUUGACUGAUAGAAUAGAUGCUGUAGAAUGAUUUUUGUUAUUUUCACAUAAAGUUGUUUGUGGUGGUAUUGGUAACAAGCAUAUUGUUACCAUCAUUUUCUCAUGCAUUCAUGUAUACCUCAAAUUUUGCACUGUGAAAAUUGUGUUGACAUGCAAAAGGACACUCAGGUCCAUGUUUCUACACUUGCAGAGCAUCUGACUUUUGUCCAAUUCAAUAUUGUUGAGAAACUAAAUAUUGAAUAGGUUGUAAAAGGAGAUGAUGCUCGAGAAGUGAUUGAUCGAUCACCUUCCAGCAUUGGUAGAUCAGAUAGUAUAAGUUCCAUGGAGAUACUAGAUCAGAUAGUAUUAAUAAAUUGUGAGAUCUAUUUCCACUUCUUAUAUGGAAAAAUCAGGAUCUUGUACUAUG